AUGCAGCUUAUAUCCGCUCUCGUCGUUGUCGGGCUAGCCUCCGCCUCCCCUCGGUCGGCCGAAAUGUCACCGGCGUUUCGACCUUUAGAGAGAGCCGCAGUGGGAGUCGUGGAUCGCCAGCUCCAUUAUCAGGCUUGCGAUGUAACUUAUGGUCAGGGAUAUAUCAAUUGCGUUAGUGAAGCUCACUGCUACAAUCCUGGCAUGGGGCAGGUUUGCUGCUCGAACGGAUGGCACUGUGACGCCGGUACUUACUGCAUCGACGGCUUCCGUUGCUGCCCGGAUGGAUACUCCCUCUCAAAAUGCCAAGCCACGGCAAGUUUGAGCGUUAUUGCGCCGCCGGCUACCGGAGAAGCCAGCAUGUCGACGAGUCCUCCGAAGGCUGCUCCAACUCCUGCGCCCAACGCCACCAUCACCACCACCACACCUUUGCCCACUCACGUCACUACCGCUGGCGCCGGAAAGAACGGGGAAUUUGGUGUCUUGGCUGCUAUAGGAGGUCUCGGUGCUCUCUUGUUGGCUGUGUGA